AAGAAGAAGAAGAAGCUGAUACUACUACCCAAUCCAUGAGUAGAGGACUAAAGCGCUUGCUUCAGUUUUCUCCCCAGUCAAGUGAGAAAAAACGUCGCCUUUUGAGGUCCUCGCAAUCGAUGUGUCCAUCAACAGAUGAUGACAUUGUGAGAAAGGUUACUCUUAUUAUAAAACAAAUAAAUAGCAUUGAAUCAAAGUUGAAAGAUGAAAUCAAGUUGGAAGAAUGGUUUGACCAGAUUGCCUUGAAUGGAGUUUAUAAUCCGCGGGAACAACUUCACUUUCACCCAAAACAAACGUGUCACCACAUCAUCAAGGACUGGUAGGGAGAUAUAUGGUCGGGAUGAUGAAAUUCAACUAUUGAUUGAGUUUCUCAAAGGGCCAAAUGUUAAUGAUAGUAUUUCUGUUGCACCAAUAGUUGGGAUGGGUGGUAUUGGUAAGACUACUAUGGCUCAGUUUGUCUUCAACAAUAGAGAAAUUGAAAAUCAUUUCGACAGUAAAGUGUGGUUAUGUGUAUCAGAUCAUUUUGAUAGAUUCAGAAUCACCAAAGAAAUGAUAGACAUCAUCAGCCCAACUGUUCAAUGUUGCAGCACCACUAGUUUGGAUUCUCUUGAGAGAGAACUCCAAAGACAUUUAAUAGAGAAGAAAUUCUUACUGGUGUUGGAUGAUGUUUGGACUGAUGAAUGGCAACAACUCCUUACCCCUCUUGAAUCUGCACAAGCACAAGCUAUUAAAAUCAUUAUGACUUGUAGAGAUCCUACGGUAUUAAGAAGCAUAGACAAAGGAAAUCAAAUUAUUUUAGAAGGUUUGUGUGAUCAAGACUAUUGGUCAUUUUUUGUAAAUUGUGCCUUUGCCGAAAAGAAUCUUGACAAUUAUUCAAAGGAACUACAUAAUAUAGGAAAGUGCAUUAUGAACAAGUUGAAAGGAUCGCCAUUAGCAGCGAAGACCGUGGGAAAACUUCUGGGAAGUAGUCUAACAGAGAAGCAUUGGAAUGAUAUAUUGGAAAGUGAUUUGUGGAAAUUAGAAAAUAGUGCACAUGAUAUUAUGCCUGCCCUUGCAUUGAGUUACUAUCAUUUACCUCAGCAUCUUCAGCAAUGCUUUAUCUUUUGUUCGGUGUUUCCUAAAAAACAUUUGUAUUUUAUGGACGACUUGGUUUGCAUGUGGAUAGCGAAUGGGUAUAUCUAUGAAAGCGAAAGUAGUCCAAAGACAAUGAAUGAUAUAGGAAAAAUGUAUUGUCAUGAACUGCAAGCAAUGUGUUUCUUCGAUGCAGAUUCUUCUACAUGGUUCAGAAUGCAUGACUUAAUGCAUGAUUUGGCCCAAUUAGUUUCUCAUGGGGAGAUUUGUAUUUAUAAGAGUGGAAAAGAUAAAAUGAUCUCAAAAAAUGCUCGUCAUUUAUAUGCACAAGGUUUGGUUAAUCUUGGGUUAAUAUGCAAAACAAAUAACUUACGCACACUUGUGUUAGAGAGUGCUUCUGACAUGUCCACCUUCCUCAACCAUGAAGCAUUUAAGAGAAUCAGAGUGCUAGUCGUCCUUGAUGCUAAUAUGGAAGAAUUCCCACAUGUUAUUUUUCAUUUAAAACACUUGCAAUAUUUGGAUUUGAAGGAAACUAGCAUCAAAUCGAUUCCAGAAUCACUAUGCAAGCUUUAUCAGUUGAGAGUGUUGAAAUUGCUGCCUCCACAUACCCUACCAAGUCUAUUUCAUAAUCUCAUAAACCUUCAAAGUUGGGGCAUGUCCGGUUAUAGGUUAUUUGAUGAUGAAAGGGCGCCAGUAUUUCAUGUGAAAAAAGAAAGAGGCUACAUGAUUGCACAACUGAAGAAUAUGACUGAACUAACAGGAACACUUUCAAUUGCAGGUUUGGAGAAUAUUGACAAUAUGAAAGAAGCAAUGAAAGCCAAAUUGAAGGAAAAACAUCAUAUCAACAACUUGCGUUUAUACUGGAAGGAUAAAAUGGAUGGCUGCAAGCAUGAUAUACAGGAAGAAGUACUUGAAGGCCUUCAACCUCAUCCUAACUUAGAAGAAUUAGAGAUUGAAGGGUACAUGGGUUCCAAAACGCCAAGCUGGCUUAUGACACUCACAUUACAGAAAUUACGAGAACUAUACUUAAUUAAAUGCAUAAACUGGGCAUGUUUACCUGCAGCACUUGGGUUGUUACCUUCCCUUGAGAAACUACACUUCUACUACAUGGAGAACAUUACAGUUGAGUGUGAUGAUUCCGUAACUGAGAUGUUUCCAUCCUUGCAGUAUCUUGAAUUAUACAAAACAACAAUAUCAUUCAAGGGCAAGUUAAUAUCAUCAUCAUCUCUAACAACACCAGGGCAUUACAAGUUGUUUCCUCGUCUUCAGUACCUCAAUGUGACAGAAUGUGAUGCAGUGAAUGGAUUAAAUUGGCCCAUAUAUUCAGCAUUGGAGCGGUUAUGCAUAAGAAACUGUCCAGGCCUCGAUGACCAAUUGCCAGGAUGCCUUUAUGGCCUCUCUUCGCUAACUACAUUGGAUCUGACAGGGACAAAGAUUAAAACUUUCCCUGCAGAGGUGAUGGCCACACUACAUGCUCUUGAGCAAUUAUGUCUUGCUGAUUGUAAUGAGCUUUUAUCAUUGGAAGGUUUGCAAGCCCUCCCCUCCUUAAGAAAAUUGUUUGUUUCUCAAUGCCCCCAAUUCGGAUCCUGGUGCUUGGAGGAGAUGACAGGGCUAGAUGAAAUAGCUAUAGUGUCUUGCCAAGAUCUUGAAUCUCUGCCCGCUUGGUUGCAUCGUCCUCCUUUACUUGACCCUCCUGCUAGUGCCAACUUUCUCAAGCUUGAGCACAAAUUGAUAUGCAAGCUUCUCAACUCCGACUCCGAUUUUCUUCUGCCGAUUUGCUUCUCCCCUCUUGCCAUGGCAAGCGGGGGCCAACCCCCUCCCCCUCCCAAAAAAUCUUGGUCCCAAAUAGCAGCUUCUUUGACUCAGACCAUCGAUAAUUCUCCUCUUCACAACGAACAACUUCUCAACAAACUCAAAGCCGCUACUUCUAACUCGUUAGAGUGGACAACGAUGCAAUCAAUCGAGGCGGAUGAAAUUUCGAGGAUGCUUUAUAUGGCAAGUUAUUCGGGAAAAAUCUCCCCUUUCGAAAGCGGUGUAAAGUCGACACUCUUACAUAUGUGGAAACAUUUCGGUGAGAUCCUCAUCUCCGACCUUCCAAAUGGAUUUCUUCGGUAA